ACCGUUUCGUCGUCCAUCGUCGCUGUCGCUGCCGCGUUCAGCUCCCGGGACAGUGAGCCGCGAGCGACUGCGUGCCGAGCAGCAAGUGAAAGGCUCUCCGCAGCUUGCACACGUCGUAUAGCGCACGCACGGCGACGUUUAGUCCGUGACGUAUCCCAUGCAGUGUCGCUGUGCCGCGGCCAAUGUGCCGCCCGAUCUAGGGCUCGUACCUCGCAGCUCCUGACAGUGCUGAUAAAACGACACGGCGAGCGGCGAUAACACGAGUGUAUGCAAAACAAAACAAGCCGCUAAAGUGCAUCGCAGUGCGUGUCAGUGUUGGCAGCGAGCUCGCUUUUCCCCCGUUCGCCUCGCGAUCCCCACAGUGUUUCUGUGUGCAGCCGCGCACUGAUCCAUGUGCGUACACAGCCGGAUGAUGCACCAGUGGAAGUGGCCCUCGUAGUGACCGCCGAUAGUUCUUCUUUAUACUCUCGAACACGCGAGUUUCUGGCUGGAGAUUUGUGCAUUAAAUAACCAGCUCCCAUCAUGGAAACGAACUUCGCUUCCAGCAGACGGCGUAUACGUCGGUGGCUCAAGGGCGUCGACCUGCUGCUUCUGCUACUGCUACUGCCGAUAGCGACGACGAGAGCGGGCCGAGCCACUUUUCCGGACUUCACCACCUACAAGACACCAACCACCACGGAAAUGGUCUACCAGAGGUUCGCCAUCGAGCCAUCGGAUCAAACGGCCGUCAUUGGGAGCAAAGUCACGCUACCCUGCAGGGUACUCAACCAGAAAGGCCCUAUCCAGUGGACGAAGGACGAUUUUGGCUUGGGCGCAGUCAGGAAUCUCACGGGUUUCGAUCGCUACGCCAUGAUCGGCAGUGACGAGGAAGGUGACUUCUCACUACUGAUAAAUCCAGUGGAGCUGGAGGACGAUGGAGUCUACCAGUGCCAGGCGUCACCGACGAACGACGGCCAACCAGGGCUUCGUUCGCGGUUCGCUCGCCUGAGCGUGCUCGUGCCACCCCAGAAGCCGAAAAUCAGCCAAGGUGACUUCCUCAUCACCACCGAGGACCGACAGCUCGUUCUCGAGUGCAUCAGUGAAGCUGGCAAGCCACCAGCGGAGAUAACGUGGAUCGACGGGCUGGGCACGGUGCUGCACAGUGGAAUCGAGACGCAGCACAUACAAUACGAGGACGGGCCGCUGUACACGGUCAAAUCGAUCCUGACGGUGACGCCACGCAAGGAGCACGAUAACACCACAUUUACUUGUCAAAGUCAAAAUGCGGCGGAUCGCACGCCGCAGAACGCCAAGCUUCGCGUCGAGGUCCGUUACGCGCCGAAGGUUUCUCUCAAGAUCCACCCUGGCUUCUCGCAGAACGAGCGGAUACGCGAGGGUUCCGAGCUGCGCUUCAAGUGUCGCGCCGAGGCCAAUCCACCCAUCAUGGAAUACAAAUGGUACAUCAACGACAGGAAAGCGGUAGGCGACUACACGACGGAGAUGGUGAUCCACAACGUGACACGCGACUAUCACGACGCGAUCGUCAAGUGCGAGGUGUACAACGAGGUUGGCAAGAGUGAAGAGACCAAGACUCUGGACGUUACGUAUGGUCCGCAAUUUAGGCAUCCACCAAGCUCGGUGCAGUCUCGUUACGGUGGCCAAGAGAUCCUGCAGUGCGACGUAGACGGCAAUCCCCAGCCAGAGAUCUACUGGACGUACGAGGACUCGGAUCGUAUUAUCGCGACGACUUCAAACAUCAGCGUGUCGGUGAGAGCGGAGAACGACGCGGGACGUUACUACUGCCAUGCGCGCGUGCCAGGCUUCCCCGAGUUAACUGGCUCGGCCAACAUCUACAUCAGGGCGCCGCCCACCAUCAUCUCCCAGCGGACCCAGUACGUGCCCGACGAGGGCCUCGUCAAGGUACAGUGUAUAGCGAUCACGGUGCCAAAGGCUGAAUCGGUAUUAUGGAGCUUCGCUGGACGUGAGCUCAACUUCACGUCCAACAACACGCCGUUCUAUAAGCACGAGGACUUCGAACCCGAAAGGGUUGUCAGCACGCUCACCCUGCUCGAUCCUGUCUCGGCCUACUUUGGCGACUACAAUUGCACUGUCACCAAUGCCUACGGCACCGACUCUGCCAUCAUCAAGCUCACCACGCAUGCGUUGAUUCCAGUUGAUUGGCAGCUCAUCCUCAUAGUCGCGGGUCUGGUUAUCUGCGUGGUCCUCGUUGGUAUCAUCGUCAUACUAAUACUGCAUUGCCGCGAUCGCAACAAGCAACCGCAGCCAGCCAAGACUGUGCCGCAGGGACACGACAACGACAUGCAGGAGACAGAUUCGAAUGCGGACCGGUAUAGGGAGAGCGACCGCAGUAGCAACCUGUCGGACGUGAAAGCCGACAUACGGGCGGGUUCGAGCGUCAGUAACGCUGAGAGCGUGACUGCGCUUGACAGUGAAGGCGAGGGUAGCACCCGAGGAGUGAACGCUCUCGCACUUGCCGGACCAGUGCCUAAUCCUAUUGCUGGCUUCAGGUACAGCGCUGACUAUACUGAGCCUUCUUUCCCGCCCAAGAGCAACGUAAGUAUCAUGGAUGGCAGUAACAACAACGGCUACGUGCCGUACGUGGAUUACUCGCGCGACUACAUGCCACCCUCGACGCAGGCGGCGAUGGGCGCGUCUCGCGAGUCACUCAGCAGGAUAGCAUCCAGCGGUAUACUUGCAUCCAAGAAGCUGGGACUAAGCAAUGCUAACUUGGGAGGAAAUGCUACCCCGCCACAAACUACAACGCCGAUUAUAGAUCCCAGGUUCUCGGCUACCUACGGCAAUCCUUAUCUCAGAAUGUCGGCGGCCGAGCAGCUGCGACACGCGCCCCACACGGCAAUACCGGGGGUGACGCCGGCUCCCCCGCCCUACACCCAGGCCAUGCGGAUGAAUAACCUGAAUGCCCUCAACGGCGCCGGCCCACAGUCUUUGAUUGUACAGGCACCGCUAUCGGCGCACUACAUAACUGGCGGCCCAAACGGUGGAGUUGCCACGGUGAAGCGCACCUCGGCGGUGAGCACGCUGGCAACGCACGUAUGAGGCCGGCCGACGUCGAUCGAGCCCAACUAGACCUACCGUUACUCCCACAUCCCCCAAGCCGAUCAAAACUACGACGACGAGUUACAACAGCUAGAGGAGCUCGAGGAAGAGCGCGACCUGUGCGAGCGAGCCUACGCGCUCGCCCGUCGUGCCGCCGAAUUCGAGCAACUGCUCAAGCUUGCUAAAGACGAGGAGCAGCAGCAGCAGCAGCAGCAUCGACACUAUCACCGCAAGCACGGCAACGGCUACGCGGUGGCGCAAGUCGAGCGAGUGCUGCGCCAAUUGAGACGCGCCUCGCGCGAUCAUCGACGCCUCAUCGAGCAGAGGAACGACGAGAUGGAGGUGCGUCUCAGGCGUCGAAUGACCGCCCAGCACAAUUGGGCCUCGUCGACCAUGUCGAUAUUGUCGUCGGUGUCGAACCUUGCAUGCGCCGUCAGUCAAGAGGACGAUCAGUUGCUCGAGCUCAAUGAGCUCAGACUGCUACAUCGAUACUGCGACGACGUCUGAUAUACACAUCAUCGUCUCGUCUAUGGGUGGACGAGGGAGGCAAAAAAAGGCGGCGCACAUUGUCCAACGUUACACCUAUCUUUUAUUCUCUCUUUUUCCUUUCUGUUUUCUUCUUUGUAUAUCUCUUAAGUCGGGUGGGCGCCGCGCAGUCAAUAACUUCCAAUUACGAAGGCGGCUCGACGCUUUUCCACUGUAUAAAUUUCGCCGAUGUACAUUUUUAAACGCAAGCGUCGAGUGCCGUCCAUUUGCGUGUGUGCGUGUGUGCUUUAUUCAUGCGAAAAAGUUAUAAAUAGUAUCAAUAAGUCGUUGCGAGAGAAUUUUUUCGUGUGGCACUGUGUGCAUUGCGACGCAAGCGAGAAAGACAGAAGGAGAGAGAUCAUUUGGAGCCGCGAUAUAUCGACAAUCUUUUCAUCGACUUAAAAGAAAAACUCUUUUUAUUCUACGGGAGGGGAUCCUCUCGUUAAGGCAUUAAAGCACGAGCGUUAUCCGGCGUUUUCCUCUCAUCCGGUUUUUCUCCACCUGCUCGCUUUGGUAAUUAACGCAUUAUUCAGUGGCCCAUCCCCCCCCCCUCCUUAACUCGUUUCUUUUCUUUCUUCUUUCAACUCCACUGCAGUUACGUCUGCGACCAAGCGUAUACGACUUUUUAUGAUACGUUCAACGAGUGGAAGAAAAGAUAUUUUUACUUGCUAAUGAGAAAAUAAGUAGAAAUAAUCCAGUUUGGCUAGCCGCAUCAAGUUGCUUCAAUUUCGAAGCGUCAGUUUAGUGAUUCUCAUUUUUCGUUCUUCUUCUUCUUUCUCCCAAAAGUGACUGUAUUUAUAGAAUUUCCACUGGCGUUGCGCUUUUAAUCGGCGAACGUACGUUUCAAUGCAAACAAUUGAAUUUAGAGCAGCGAGCUACGGGUCACUGAAAAACAUCAGAGCACCAAGUCCGCGGGGAAUACGAUUAGCGAGAGGUAUGCGCCAAUAACAGAUGACAAAGCUUAAAAAUACCCCGUUCGGCUGUUAUUUUAAUGAUUGUUAUUCUAAUUGCUCACUUGCCUUGUAAAGAUAAAAAAAUUUAUCAGAAGGGGGAAGAAAAGAAAAGUUUAGCGACUCCACCGUCGGAGCAAGUUUCCACUUGGCCUGCAAAGUAUUAUUCCAGGAGAUAAAAGGGUAGCAGCGAUUAUAUAUAUAUGCAUACGGAAAAAAAAUUUACUCGAUUUAAGUUGCCACGAAAACAUACUCAAAUUUGUUACUUAAAUUGAGUAAACGAGUACUCAAAAAAGUAAAUAAUAAAAGAAGAUAUCACAAAAAAGGUAAAACUUUUUACUGCAUACAGAAAGUAAGAAGCAGUAAACAAAGGAUCAGAGGCAUGGAUGGAUCUCGUAAGUCAUUAUACCAUAGAGCUUCCUCUUGUUCAGUCAUGGGAGAAUUUAUUGUAUAUUUUUUUCCAAUUUAUACGGUCGAUGAGCUUCACUCUGCAAUUCAUGUCGAGUAAAAUGUAGGCCACAAAAAAGGAUGCCUUUCAAUCGUUUUGUUCAUUGAAUUGCACCAAAAUCACAAUGCGGGACGCGAUUUAUCUACAAUCACGCACAAAGAUAAAAAGAGAAAGAGAACAGGAGAAAAAGAAAAGUAACUCGAGAUCCAGCUACGUGUUAACUUUAUAGUUCAACAAUGAAUAAAGAGAAAGAAUUAAUUUUUGUUGUUCAUUCUCUUCGAAUGUACAAACUACACUUUGAUCAAUACGAAACGUAGAACGUAUACAUUUUCACCUAAUGAUCUAUUGAUCGAAUGUCGAGUGUCUUCGCAUUUUUUUUUUCUGUAAAUAUACAAGUUAAAAUGUGCGCGAACAGCGCAUGGUAUAUAGAGAGUGUAGCGGAAUACAAGCCGCGUUUUCAUUUUUUACUUUUUUGAGGUACGGAGAUUUAUCGCAUCGCGUUGUACAAAGUUUUGCGCUGUGUGUAUCGUCGUUUGUAACGUAUUUUUCGCAACUCUUUCUUCGAGUCUAAUCUUUGAAGCUUGUUUCAGUCGUCAAGGUUUAGCUUGCGCUGUCGAGAUAAGGUGUAUUGUUUUUUACUUAUUUGUUCUUACAAUAGCGUGAGAAAAAGUGCUUUUGUUAGAUUUUUUGAUAGUCGAAAUUAAAAAUAAAAAGGAAAACGGUUAGAGGUGAUUAUGAACAUUAUACGAUCGCCCCGGAUACGGUAGAGGGAAAAUUAAAAACAGAACUUUUCGAUACAACGGUCUAUUGAUUCCUGCCCUGCGGGUCGAACGAGAGAGAAUAUAAAAGAGAGCAGAAGCGCGUUAGCGUGCAGUACAGAGCAGAAGCGAUAUUUUCUCCAGAAGAAUUUGGCGAAAAUAAUUGAUAUUGAUAACGAAACAGGGUAGACUAUCAAUUAUUUAACGCAAAGGGGGGAAAGAGGAGAAAGAGGGUUUUUCGCGACGAUAUUAAUAUUGAUAACGGCUAUAGAAUCGACGUGAAUAUUGACAGUGACGCGUAAGUAUAGACAAUUCAACGUGCAUGGCAGGCUGAUCUAUCAAACGGCGAUUCGAAAGUUCAUCUUGUAAAUAAAAGAUUUUGAUGCCAAGGCAACUAGCAUUGUAAUUACUGUAGAGCAAAGCACAGAACUAUAAAUAUAUAAAUAAAUAUAUAAAGGAGGUGGAACUCGUUGUAAAAUAGCAUUCGUGUAAAUAUAUAGAGAAGGAAGAAAAAGCGCGAAAUAAGAGAAAUAAUGAGUUAUAUUGGCUCACGGUUAUGCCCAUCUCUCUCCCUCUGUUGCUCGUAAGGUGUGUGUGUGUGUGUGUGUAAGUUUAGUUAGAUAUUUUUUUAACGACUAUGAAUCACUAUUCGCAUGCGCGCAUAUUCUCCGGGCUUCGUCGUCGGCCGUUUACGUUCAUUGAUCCUUUGCCACCCUCUCCCCUUUUCUGCUCCCGAACGUCGGCAUAGCGAAUGCACUGCAACUAGCACACCUUUAUUGCUUUAUUUUAAACCGGUUAAAAUAAAUCGGAUGAAGGUCUGUCUGAUUUUUUUUCUUUUUUUUUCUCUCGCGCGUACUGCGAGAGAGGGUGUCAAUUCGUGAACGACGUCGACGGUAAAGCCGCGAUUGAUUCAUAUCUCUAUCUAAGAAUUGAUUGUAACGAUGCAGAAGAUUUUAUACUGUUAUCUACUUAAGACUUCGACGUACUUUUUUUAUUCGAAGUGUGGACGUGAGUGAGACGCAGAUUUAAAGAAAAUCUAUUAUAGAUAUAUUGAGACAAAUCUGAAGAGUUUAAAUGUGUAUAAAAAUAAAUAUAUUGAGAAUACGUAUGCAAUUACGCACAGAUUUUGCUCGCCACAUUGCGUAGAAAACCGCGAGCUUCAAAAGUUCGCGGCGAAAACAAUAAACAGCCGUUGUAUAAAAAAGCUUGUCGUGACGAUUUCAUGAGCCUAGAAUAAUGCCAGCAGUCAUUGAUGUUUUUAUUCAGUUUUUUUCAGCAACAUCUACCGAAGAUAGCAUUUCAAAGAGUGAUUGACACUGUUUUAGCUAGAAAUUUUACGAUGUUUAAAAAUAUCGAUUGUUACUGUAAAUUUAUGAAAAACGAAGUUACGAAUAUUAUGAAACUUUCGGCAUCUUAGAACCACUGUACAUGUGGGAAACGAUUGCUUAUCAAUUAUGAAUUUCUUUGCAUAUUAGUGAAAAAUCAGGUAGAGCUGAAAGCACUGCUCUGACGUUUCCCGAUCGAGCGUUGUGACGUUGACGAAUGAUAUUUCCGAAUAGCUCCUAUUGAAAAAAAUUAGGUCUUUUGAAAAUACAAUCCGCUCUUUUAGUUUGUUUAAUUUGAUGGAAUACAAAAGUAACUCGGAAGCAAUUUUUUCUGAAGUAAGCAAUAACGAUGACGUCAAUCUCAAGAGUAGUAAAUUUCAAUUUAAUAUCUCGCACUGCCCUAUAGCAUUUGAUACACCAGGCAUUUUUUGAGCUAUUUUAUCUCUCUCUUUUUUAUUUUAAAUUAAAUUUACAAUAGCAUUGUCAAUCCAUAAUGAUAAUAAGAGCAUAACUUAAAGUAAUAAGCAUUUCAAAACGAACAUAGAAAAAAGACUGUUAAUACUACUAUUUCAUUUCGUUUUCCAAUCACUGUUCGAGUUUUCAUAAUUUAAUACAAUUUACAGAGGUAAAAAUAACUUUCGCACUAUUCUAAUAUGCUGCGUGUAAUAAAUAGCAGUGUAUGAUAUCUGUGAUAAUAUAUAGGAAAGUAGUUAACUAUUAUAAUAAAUAAUUUAUUCAAAAUGUUUAAAAUGAUUGACAUGACGUUAUUAUAUUGCUUAAAAUUAUUAUAUAAAAUGUCAAGAAUAUUAGCAAAUUCGUUAAAGUUUUUUAGUGUUUGAUCAAAUUUAAUAGUAAAAAAGUGAUACUGAUUCGGAAGGACGCUCGUCAACGAAACUCGUCAUUUGUCAAAAGAUUUUACGAAUAGAUAGUUUAAAAUGGAUUUCUUAUUAUAAUCGUUAAGAACGCUCUUCGAUACUUGGUAACUAUCUUUGAAAUACGGCCUAUGGACAUUUCUUCACUUAACUCAUUUCAUCGAAAUAGAUGCGUACGUUUGAAAGAAAACUAAACUACCAACCCGAAUGUUCGCAUAGCAAUUUUAAAAAAUCAGUCACAUCAAACUGUAUUCCUCGAACACGUGCAGAACUGCAAUCAAGAAAAAAAAGUUCGCAUACAAAUCGAAUUUUCAUUGACCGAUGCGCAAUCGUAUAUAUCGAAUGUAUGUACAUAUGCAUAAGGAAAACAAGCGACCUAUUGUUCUCGUGCAGUGCACUCGUGCCAGAUUUAGCCUCUAUCAUAUACGAAGAGAAUCGGAGUGUUUAUUAGAUAUACAAAAAAUGAGUUGUGUGAUUUUUUUGGAAUCGAAUUUUUUUUAUAAACAAAGGAAAAACCAACUUUUCAACAUAGUACAAUCAACCGAUAUAUUGUAUUUCGAUCCGAAGCAUAAUAAAACUGUCAGCUUCCACUCUGUAUUUUAUUAUAUGUUAUUUAUUUAUAUUGUGUAUGAAGUUAUGACCGAGUUUACAGAGUACUUUUCAAAAUUGUUUAGAAUCGAAAAGAAAGGCGUGACGUUCUCUCUGUGGAAAAGAGCUCUUUUUAUAGCAGUUUUUAUUUAACAUCGGUAUUUGUUAUGGGGUACGCGACUACUCUAAAAAUGAAUAAUGAUAAAUACAAAGAAAACUUGACCGUGGAAAUGAAAUCAAUUGAACCAAUUUCUACACUUGGCUGAUCUCAAUUAACAAGUUCCAUUGAACCUCUGCGCAUAGCAUGAACAAACCUAAAAAGAAAUAAUUUUUUGUAACGUUCAAUUAUUACUAGGUUUUUCUAUGCUCUUUACUUUGUAAACGAACUAAAAAAAUAUCAGAAUAAUAAGCACGUCAAUAAAUUGAGCUCCUAUUGACACUCGAAGAGCCUGUUACGUAUUCAACGACAAUGAAAUUAACUACUCAAAUCAAAGUAUUGGAACAAAUAACAAACCCAUUUUUUUCAUAAGGGUCAAUUCAUAUCCAAUUUAAAAUGAUAAAUAAUAGCUUGUUUUAGAAAAAACUUUUAAUGAUCGUUGAAAUAACGACUUGGCCUAUUGUUUUCUACAAUCAACGAUGCAAUUUCACUUUGUACGCAUCGGUAUGUCGUUAACAAAUAAACAGCCGAGUGAAAUAUCAGAUAGACUGUAAUUAACGCUACAAAAGCAACUUGUGCGUAAAUGUAUGAGUGGGCACUCUACCAUAGAUCACGUCCGUCGCUUAACUUCCGGUGGCUGUUUAAUAUAAGAUGAAAACCAAUAUGAGCGGUCGCUUUAUUCUUUGCGUAACUCAUACAUCGAAAAGACUUUUUGUACGUAUCUGUAGAAUGAAAAAAGAUAACAACUUCGAGAUAUAUUGUAUAUGCAUAAAGGUCAAAGUAGGUGCUUACGUUACUAGCUCUCGCACCACUUCUCGUGUUCACGACUAACAAAAAAAAUGACGAUGAGACAUAAGAUCUUCCAUUGAUCGAUUACAAGGAGCAAAAAAAGACGAUCAAAAUUUAUAUAUAUAUUAUUAUUAUAUAUUAUAUCCUUAGUUCUGUUUAUGUGACACUGUGCCAAUGAAACAAUAACGAAUGAAUUCUAUAUUUGUCGAUACUUGUCGCCUAACGAUGAAUCUCGUCGAAAAAUUAUCCAUCAUAUGAUUCUCGAUUAAAUCAUCUAAUUGUGCGUUGUGUUUGCUUUACUUCGUGCUUUCUGCCAAGGACGAAAGCUUUGCGCAUAACUACAAGGUAAACGCGAAACGACUGUUCCACUCUCUCAUGCAUAUAGUACAUUAUAAGUUUUCUGUUUUUUUCAUAAGAUUUCGCACGCGCAAAUUUCUUGGCAGAAAGCUGGAAUAAUUACUUUUUGUUGCCAAAGACGAUUUUCUCUCUCUUUUUUUAUUAUGAUAUCUUAAUGUUUUGUACAUUUUUUGAGUUUAACGUCACGCAGCAAUAAGCAUUGAUGACUUGUCGCGCCAAAUAAAGUGCUUCGAUUCAUGCUGCAAUUUGUUAUAUUACUCUUGCGACUUCCUUUGGAAACAUGAUGCGUAUACGUUGUAAGUUUAUCAUUAUCAAUUAUUACAUAUUUUUAUUUCGUUUUGUCAGUUUACUUAAGCACGUAAUAUUCCGUUAUCGUAUAAUACUCAUGUCUAUUUACUAUAACUACGUAUUACAUUAUGAUUACGUGCCUUUUGUAUAUUUUUCAUUGGCCUAAACGCCACGACAUACAUUUAUAUUUAUAAUGCAUCACGCAACGAUAUAUAUUAUAUUAUAUUACUUCGAUUGAGCUGUAUCAAUUAUUUUAUACACUUUUUAGAAGGAUUAUGUACCGCAGCUGUUAUUAUUUCAUUAAAUCCUGCCAUAUCAUAAUUAUAUUUGAAUUAUAAUUUUAUUUAUUUCAUUUUUCACUCCAUCAUUUUUUUCUUUGCAAGUUAUUCUGUACGUGUAUUUAUUUCUGGUAAGUUCAUUUUUUUCUUUAUUUUUUCAGUCUGUACACAGUCAUCAACAAUUCACACUCAUUUCACACUCAUCCUCAAUUUUCAUGUGUGAUUUUUCUAUCGAAAAGAAAUCGCUAUAACGGCUUAAUUGAAUGUUCAAAUAUGCAUGUGUCUAGUUGUAUAAUAAAACUAACGAACAAAAGACAAAUUCUAUAAAAAAUUGAUCUAAAAGAAUCCUGUAAUAUAGAGAUUUGUAAGAGUCGAAAAGCGUCUGAAAGUGGUUAGGCGAAAAAAAAUUAUAUAUAUAAAACAUGUUUCAUCUAUUAACUCAUGUUGAGUCUUCAUUACUCGAAUGAAAGCGCUUUUUUCUGAAGGUUCGAAGGUUCACGCAUGC